UCUUCUCCUCCUUCUUCUUCUUCUUCAGACAUCUCUAUAUUAAUGCUCUUCUUUCCUCUCUAACCCAUUUAUUAUUUACCUUCUUCUCCUCACUCACUCCUCUCCAGCUCUUUUUUCCAAAAUGGCAACGGGACAGCUGUUUUCUCGGACAACACAAGCUCUGUUCUACAAUUACAAGCAGCUUCCUGUCCAACGAAUGCUCGACUUCGACUUCCUAUGUGGACGUGAAACACCUUCUGUUGCUGGAAUCAUUAACCCUGGCUCUGAAGGGUUUCAGAAACUCUUCUUUGGACAAGAGGAGAUCGCUAUCCCUGUUCACGCCGCUAUUGAGGCAGCUUGUGCGGCGCAUCCAACUGCAGAUGUCUUCAUCAACUUUGCAUCUUUCAGGAGUGCUGCUGAUUCAUCCAUGGCUGCUUUGAAGCAGCCUACUAUUAAAGUUGUGGCUAUUAUAGCUGAAGGUGUUCCUGAAUCUGACACUAAGCAGCUGAUUGCUUAUGCUCGUGCAAACAACAAGGUUGUUAUUGGACCGGCUACUGUUGGUGGUAUUCAAGCUGGUGCCUUUAAGAUUGGUGACACUGCUGGAACCAUUGAUAACAUUAUCCAGUGCAAGCUUUACAGACCUGGAUCUGUUGGUUUUGUCUCCAAAUCUGGUGGAAUGUCUAAUGAGAUGUACAACACUGUUGCUCGUGUGACUGAUGGGAUCUAUGAAGGCAUUGCUAUUGGUGGAGAUGUGUUCCCUGGAUCCACUUUGUCUGAUCACAUCCUACGUUUUAACAACAUCCCACAGAUAAAAAUGAUGGUUGUACUUGGAGAGCUUGGAGGAAGAGAUGAAUACUCUCUUGUUGAGGCUUUGAAACAAGGGAAAGUGAAUAAACCUGUUGUUGCUUGGGUCAGUGGGACUUGUGCAAGGCUCUUCAAGUCUGAAGUUCAGUUUGGUCACGCAGGUGCGAAAAGUGGUGGUGAGAUGGAGUCUGCACAAGCCAAGAAUCAAGCCCUUAUGGAUGCUGGAGCCAUUGUUCCCACUUCAUUUGAAGCCCUUGAAUCUGCAAUCAAAGAGACUUUUGAGAAACUGGUUGAAGAAGGAAAGGUCUCUCCUAUAAAGGAAGUCACUCCUCCACAGAUCCCAGAGGAUCUCAGUUCUGCAAUUAAGAGUGGGAAAGUUAGAGCUCCUACUCACAUCAUCUCCACCAUUUCUGAUGACAGAGGGGAGGAACCAUGCUAUGCUGGUGUUCCAAUGUCUUCAAUCAUCGAACAAGGCUAUGGAGUGGGUGAUGUCAUUUCCCUCUUAUGGUUCAAACGUAGUCUUCCUCGUUACUGCACAAAGUUCAUUGAGAUAUGCAUAAUGCUGUGUGCUGAUCAUGGUCCUUGCGUCUCGGGAGCUCACAACACCAUUGUAACAGCAAGAGCAGGCAAAGACCUUGUCUCAAGUCUUGUCUCAGGUUUAUUAACCAUUGGUCCACGAUUUGGUGGUGCCAUUGAUGAUGCUGCUCGGUACUUCAAGGACGCUUGUGACAGGAAUCUCACACCUUAUGAGUUUGUUGAGGGAAUGAAGAAGAAGGGAAUCAGAGUCCCUGGGAUUGGACACAGGAUCAAGAGCAGAGACAACAGAGACAAGAGAGUGGAACUGCUUCAGAAAUUUGCUAGGUCCAACUUCCCAUCAGUGAAGUACAUGGAGUACGCAGUAACAGUGGAAAGCUACACGCUCUCAAAGGCAAACAACCUCGUACUCAACGUUGAUGGAGCCAUUGGAUCUCUCUUCUUGGACCUUCUAGCUGGAAGUGGGAUGUUUACUAAGCAAGAGAUCGAUGAGAUUGUUCAGAUUGGUUAUCUCAACGGUCUCUUUGUUCUUGCUCGUUCCAUUGGUUUGAUUGGUCACACCUUUGAUCAGAAGAGGUUGAAGCAGCCACUUUACCGUCACCCAUGGGAAGAUGUGUUGUACACCAAGUAAAAAACUCAGCUCCAGCUUUGUUUUUUUGUUAUUCUUGCAAUUAAUUAGCUUCUUAUAUUCUUCUGAAAGAUGUUACUAAAGAUUCAUAUCUAUGCUCUUCUUCUCUUCUGUUUCUUUUGUUUGUGAUGUUAUGUUUACUCUGUUUUUGUUUUUUCAUUUAUCUGAACUUAAUUUCUCUUAUCUUUUUUUUUGUUACAUUCGAGUCACCAACUUUUGAAAUCGUACACUAUCAAUUGACA